AUGGAUUUUUACGUGUAUAUAGUACUAUUCCUCGUGGUGAUUGUAUUCAUCACCUUGCUUCCAAUGAUCUCUGGUGUGGCUACCUAUAAGAUUGAAAAGCCCAAGCCUGCAUCCCGGAAAGGACAUGACUCCACAGGACUAUCAAAGCGUGAAAAGUUGAAGGAGAAAGUUAACUUCACCAAAGAUCAAAAUCCAUUCAAGUUUCGUCUGAAUACUACCGCAUCGGCCUUCUCGGCUGGAAAGGAGUUUGAAGUGGACAGUAAAACGGGGCUGAAAAGACGUAUAAUUGGCACUUUCAGUAAUGAUCCGAACGAAUUCGACUACGAUGUCGAAGAAUUGAUAGAAGAAGAUGUCGCAGAAACUCGCAAAGAAGAAGAAGCUAGAUACCAGAAAUUCGCUGGAAGAGAGCAAGAGGAAAAUGAGGCUUUGGUAUGA